CCCUCCCUAUCCUGGUCAGACGUUUACAGAAUCAAAACCAUGAAGGGAAUCGCCUUCGGGGAGUUCAGCAGCUGUAUGAGGUCGGUGUACAUGGUGGCAUGUGGCUGGGAUUAGGAAAUUUCACUGUGGAUUAAAAUCUUUCCAACGCCUCCAUGGCCACCAGCUAAAAGAAAAGGAGCCCAAAGCUCUAGCACAGAUCCAGUGAGAACUCCGGGCCCACAGUCUCACUGAGCAGCUCCAGAAUGUUCCAGCUGCUCCCGGGUCACAUCCAGCCGACUGGACACCGAACCCGAAAAAGCCGCCUGGUCACCAAAGACGGGCACUGCAACAUUGAGUUUGGCAACAUUGAAUAUAGCAACCAUUUUGCCUUCGUGGUGGACUUCUGGACCACCUUUGUGGAGAUCCGCUGGCGCUUCGUUCUCCUCCUGUUUGUGGCUGCCUUCACUGGCAGCUGGUUUGUGUUUAGUCUGUUGUGGUACUGGAUUGCAAAGAGCAACGGGGAUCUGACUGUGCAGAACCAAACAGAGGGGCACGUCCGAUGUAUAGACAAUGUCAACGGCCUCACGACGGCGUUCCUGUACUCAUUAGAGACCCAAACCACCAUUGGAUAUGGUGGCAGGGCACUGACUGGGCACUGUGCUGGCACAGUGGCUCUAAUUAUCUUCCAGUCUCUAGUUGGGGUCUUCAUCAACUGCUUUAUGUGUGGCAUGAUACUGGCCAAGAUCUCCUUACCCAAAAAAAGGGCAAAGACUGUCACGUUCAGUAACACAGCUGUCAUCUGUUUAAAGAAAGGAAGUCUGUGCCUGCUCAUCAGAGUGGCCAACCUCAGAAAGACCUUACUGAUUGGAAGCCAGAUUUAUGGGAAGCUGCUAAAGACAACCACUACGUCUGAUGGCGAGACCAUCAUCCUGGAUCAGGUGGAUGUUGACUUCACGGUUGAUGCUGGCAAGGAUAACUUAUUUUUUGUUUGUCCUCUGACGCUCUACCACGUCAUUAACAGAUCGAGUCCGUUCUACGAGCUGACCGCCGACACUCUCCCCCUACAGGACUUUGAGUUGGUGGUCUUUUUAGAUGGGACAGCUGAGUCAACCAGCUCCUCCUGCCAGGUACGAACCUCAUACAUCCCACAGGAGAUUCAGUGGGGCUAUAGUUUCCUUCCCAUCAUCUCCCGCACUAAAACAGGAAAGUAUAGAGUGGAUUUCUCAAACUUUUCCAAAAGUGUCCAGGUCACCACACCACACUGUGUCCACUGCUUUGAGACAGACGUAGACCAGAGGAACCACAACAGCUACAACAAGGAGAACCACAGCAGCCACCUGAAGCUGGGCAUCGACAACCUGGGCUUCCAAGUGAUCGACAUUCACGACCCUGUGGACGUCACGAAAAUGUGAGAUGAUCCUGUUCUAGAGUAAAAGUAAAAGCCAAGGAAUCAGGAUGUGGGUCGACCUUUACGAAAUCCACUUUUCAGUUUUAGUCAGACUGUUUCAAAUAUUUCAAGAACUAAAGACUAAAGUAAGGUUUGACAGUACUAAGGCCAGUAAAGGAGAACGGUGAAACUGGCAACUGACUGACAUUAGACUGCUCAUUACAAUAAGACCCCACUGGGGGUUUUAUGGGAGUAAAAAUGUGGAAGACACUUCGAAGUUUUGAAACGGUAAAAGAAAUAAAGCAGUGAAUGGCACAGUGGGCAUUUCAUGAGAAGAUUCGAGUCUGAUCCUGUACUAAUAACAGAUUGUGGGCUCUGAAGCCUAUGACAGGAAAUGUAGAAGAGAAGAAGCUCAUUAUUGUUGGUUAAAACACUAACUCUGUGGUGUUGUAGUCAUGUUGACAGAUCCCGUAUUUCAUGAUAACGGGGAAACAGUUUGGGUAGCUGUUAAUAUCAUAAUUUAGUUAAGGUCAGUCUAGCUGUUGUAGGUAAAACUUUGUAACAUCUCAGGGAACGUAAGAAUCUU